AUGGCCAAGGUUUCUUGCGACGUCUCUAGCUCUCGACGAAAGUCCCGAAAGGCUCACUUCUCCGCCUCUUCCGCCGAGCGACGAAUCCUCAUGUCUGCUCCCCUCUCCAAGGAGCUGCGAGAGAAGUACAAGAUCCGAUCUCUGCCCAUCCGAAAGGACGACACUGUGACUGUCGCCCGAGGUGCCUACAAGGGCCGAGAGGGUAAGGUCUCUCAGGUCUACCGACUCAAGUUCUCCGUCCAGGUCAACUCUGUGUCCAAGGACAAGGCUUCCGGCGCUGCCGUCCCCGUCAACUUCAACGCUUCCAAGCUUCUCAUCACCAGCCUCAACCUUGAUGCUGACCGAAAGGCUCUCAUUAAGCGAAAGAGCGGUGUUGACUGCGAGUAA